UGAUUUGCUUCGCCUCCCUCCAAUAAUUUCUCGCUCUCGCUCUCUCUCUCCCUGUCUGUCAGGUUGCGGUCGAGUGCGAGCGAAAAGGAGGAGGUUUGGUGCUCUGAGACUUCUCUUGCUGUAUUUGGUUUGAUUGCCAAAGGGGUAGGGGAGUCUCGGCGCGCUAGGAGAUAUCUCACCAAGUUCUUCUGCUUGGAAAUAUGGACCAGCGCAAAGAACAUUCAGUUUCAGAAGGCCUAUUGAGCGUCUCAUCAAACAAAUUGGUGCCCAGAGCUGGAACAAAUUUAUGGAAAGGUCCAUCCAGCUCCAGUGCAUUUUAUGGAUCGGCCGAUGCUAGUCUUUUCUCUAGCUCGUUGCCAGUAAUUCGGCAUGGUAAAUAUUCAGUACAUGGUGUUCAUUCAGCUGACAAUUCAUCUUCUCAAUUGAAAACACACAGUCAGUAUUUGGAGGGCGAGUUCAUGGUGGAUGAGCUGGACUUCCAAGAGGAUGAGGUCUUGUUGCCUAACAAUGAGGAAGAUCUUUUAGCUGGCAUAAUGGAUGGUUUUGACCUUACAAACUUGCCUAAACUAGUGGAUGCAUCAGAAGAUUGCGAUCUUUUUGGUAGUGUUGGAGGUUUUGAAUUGGAUUCUGGUCCAACAGAGAGCAUUACUGCUAGUAUGGAAAAAGUAAGUAUAUCUGAUAGCUAUGCAGAGAAUGGGAUCAGUCAGCACAUUCUUCCAAAUGGUUUUGGGACUGUCUCUGGUGAGCAUCCAUAUGGCGAGCAUCCUUCAAGAACUUUGUUCGUACGGAACAUUAAUAGUAACGUUGAAGACUCGGAACUGCGGUCACUAUUUGCGCCGUAUGGAGACAUCCGAAGUCUUUACACUGCUUGCAAGCACCGGGGAUUUGUUAUGAUAUCUUAUUAUGAUAUACGGGCUGCCAAAAAUGCUAUGCGUGCACUGCAAAACAAGCCCUUAAGACGGAGAAAGCUUGACAUCCAUUUUUCUAUUCCAAAGGAAAACCCAUCUGACAAAGAUAUGAAUCAAGGAACCCUUGUGAUAUUUAAUUUGGAUUCAUCAGUAUCAAAUGAUGACCUCUUUCAAAUAUUUGGUGUUCAUGGGGAAAUAAAAGAGAUUAGGGAGACACCUAACAAGUGGCACCAUAAGUUCAUUGAGUUCUAUGAUGUCAGAGCGGCAGAAGCUGCACUUCAGUCAUUGAACAAGUGCGAACUAGGUGGCAAACGAAUAAAACUGGAACCCAGUCGCCCUGGUGGAGCUCGAAGAAAUUUGAUGCAACAAACAACUUAUAAUUUGGAUCCUGUUGAAGCCAGGGUUCACCAACAUCAUGGAAAUUCUCCUGUAAACAGUUUUACAGGUACAUGGUUCCAAUUCAAUAGUCCGAAUGAGUGCAGUCCAUUCCAACAAGCUCUCUGUAAGACCCCUGCUGGGAGAAUCAUAAACUCUAUAGGUAGUGACUGUUUGCCUGGAUUAAGUACCAUACUAUCUCCUGUGAUGUCAAAUUCUACAAAAGUUGGACUAAUUAAGGACCAAGAAAAGGUUAAUUAUGCUGAUCAGCUGUACUCUGGUAGCAAUUCAUCUCAUGAAGGUAAGUUUCAGCAUUGUGGAUCACCCCGGGAUCAUAAUAGUGGAAUACUGGCCUCAAGUCCUGGUCCUUUGUCUUCUUUGGGUCCUUCAGCUUCAAAUGUGUCAGGGUUUGGAUCUUUGACUGGAUCCCAGUUUCUUUUCGGCAGUCCAACUUCUAACAUGGAUCAACCCCAGUCUUCUUGGAGAUCUCCAGUUACGGGACUUCCUUUCCCAUCAAAUGAUAGACAGCAAAGGCAGAACAUUUUCUAUUCAAAUCAGCAUGACUCAUUUCCUGGGUUAUCCCAUGGUCAGCAUCAUUUGGUGGGAUCAGCACCUCCUGGUGUUCCUUUCAAGAGGCACUACAGUUACUUUCCUGAGACACCUGAAACAUCUGUCAUGAAUAAGGUUGCAUUUGGAAAUAUGCAGGUUACCCAAAACAGUGGAAGUGGUCCUACUGCCUUGUGGAAUCCAGGAAUUGUUUUAACAGGAAACAUACCAGAUAAUAGUUCGCCCAAACUAAGAAUGAUGCAGUAUCAGAUAUCUGGUCCUAACUUCUUUGGUAAUAACCAGUAUCCUGGUUCAGGUUCAUUUGGCCUUCAGGGCCACAGUAGACAGUUUGAUAGCCAAGGGAGUCAAGAUGAUAACAAAAAGAGGUAUCUGCUUGAUUUGGACAAAAUUGUUAGAGGCGAAGAUACAAGAACAACACUGAUGAUCAAGAACAUUCCAAAUAAGUAUACCUCUAAGAUGCUGUUGGCUGCAAUUGAUGAAAAUCAUAAGGGUACUUAUGAUUUCCUGUACUUGCCAAUUGAUUUUAAGAAUAAAUGCAACGUCGGUUAUGCAUUUAUAAACAUGGUUUCUCCUUCACACAUUAUCUCCUUCUAUAAGACAUUCAAUGGGAAGAAGUGGGAGAAGUUAAACAGUGAAAAAGUUGCCUUGUUGGCAUAUGCCAGAAUACAGGGUAAGGCUGCUCUUUGUGCACAUUUUGAGAACUCAAGUUUGAUGAAUGAAGACAAGAGAUGCAGGCCUGUUAUCUUAUAUUCUGAGGGAUCAGACAACAUUGAUCAGAAACUGAUCCCAUUAAAUGGUGUGGACCUUCAUGUGCAUCAACAAGACGAGACCAACUCGGUGGGAGAUUCAACUAAAAGUCCUGUCGUGGGAAGCUAACGAGAAGCUAAGAUAAGUCCACUGUCCAUUGAGGUGGAAACGUUUUGGACGGGUGACAAAGUCUGACAACAACCAGGCUUUUUUUUGUAUAAAAUGCUAACUUAUCUGGAGUUUACACCAUCAAACAAGAUUCAUGAGAGAAAAGAGCGGGUGCAAUUGUGUUAUAUAGGUGCUUCUGCUUUUUAAAGCAAUGGAUGUGCCGACGCCGCAUCUACCAGAACCCUGUAAAGAUGUCUUGACAUACUGAUGUGGUCUUUUUAUUUAUUUUUGGCGUGUAGAUAGUAAUUCCCAGCAGAUGUUGCAAAGAAAAGUUUUCGAUCCGUCUGCUUGCCUGUAAGCACAUUGCUUACAGUUGUGAUGGUUAUAGCCAUCUCCUUUUGACCUUUUUCUCUUGUUUAGCCGCUUGCAUUUGGAUAUUGGGUUGUACAGAAAGAGACAAUUUUAAUUACACGGUUCAAGAUUAUGGAUAUUAAUUUGCAUUAUUUAUUUA